AUGGGCUCUAACAGGAGCCCCUUGGAGCUCUACUCCGUCUCGGUUGCAACCCAAAAACACUACCAAAAAGUCUUAUUUCAGACAAAAAGCUUCACCGAGAUUAAACGCCUCUCUCAAGGCCUGCAGGAAUACAAAGGAACCUCCAGCCGGCUGGUUUACGGGCUCUUGUCAGAGAGGACUGUAAAUCCCCCUUAUCGCCAGGCCAUCGCCGCGGCAAAACGGACACGGGAGCUCGCCCGGCUGCUGCGGGCGCUGGUGCCGCCGCCGCACCUGGAGACGCGCACGGGCCGCUUCGUGGUGGUCGAGCUGGUCGCCUGCAACGUGCUGCUGCCCGCCCUGCGCCGGGCCGCCGACCCCGACUGCAUCAACGUGAUGCUCGCGGCCGCGCUGGGCAGGAAGGGGCGCCGCGCGCCCGACUUGGCGUCUCCCGCGCCGGAGGAGCCGCUCGCCGAGGACGGCGACACGGAGGAGGCGGCCGAGCCGGGGCCGGGCACCUGCCCCGACAUCCUCAUCGAGGCGGCGGCGGAGCAGGAGGACGAGGGCUCGGCCUCGCCCGGGAGGCCCGUCCCGCAGCGGCCCUCGUGCCUGGGCAAGGAGCUGGGGCCCCCGGAGCCGGCGGCGCCCGGCGGCGCCUUCAGCUUCGAGCCGCUCGGCAGCCCCGAGGGGCCCGUGCUCAUCCAGAACCUGCGCAUCACGGGCACCAUCACGGCCCGCGAGCACAGCGGCACCGGCUUCCACCCCUACACCCUCUACACCGUCAAGUACGAGACGGCCCUGGAGGGCGAAGGGGCAGGAGGUCUCCAGCAAAUGGCCUAUCACACCGUGAACCGCCGCUACCGCGAGUUCCUCAACCUCCAGACGCGCCUGGAGGAGAAGCCGGAGCUGCGCAAAUUCCUCAAAAAUAUCAAAGGCCCGAAGAAACUGUUCCCGGAUCUCCCAUUCGGAAACAUGGACAGCGAUAAAGUGGAAGCCAGAAAAAGCCUCCUAGAGUCUUUCUUGAAGCAACUGUGCGCCGUGCCCGAGAUCGCAACCAGCGAGGAGGUGCAGGAGUUCCUCGCCCUCAACACCGACGCCAGGAUUGCGUUCGUCAAGAAGCCCUUCGUGGUGUCCAGGAUAGACAAGAUCGUCGUCAACGCCAUCGUGGACACCCUGAAGACAGCGUUCCCCAGGUCGGAGCCCCAGAGCCCCACGGAGGAUCUCAGCGAGUCGGAAGUGGACGGGAAACCCCAGGCAGAAGGGAAGAAGGCCAACAAGUCCAGGCUGAGGUUCCCAUCCAGUAAAAUCACGCCGGUGCUGAGCACGGGUGAAGCUCACGACAGGAUCCUGUACGCCCUGAGAGAGGGCAGCUCUGUCCCGGGCUCCCUGUCGCUGGCUGCCAUGGAGUCCUUCAUCCAGAAGCAGGAGAAGCUCCUGGACGCUGCUCCCGAGGACAAGGAGUCCUGCGUGCCCCAGGAGACAGACGUGCCGGGCACGUGGCAGCAGGGGACGUGUCCGGACGCUGGGGACGACUCGGAGACGGCUUUGGCUGACCUGGCCCUGGACCUGCUGCGCCUGCUCCUCGCCGAUCACUGGGGCUGGCUCUGCACGGACAACAUGCAGAAGGUCUUGGACCUGCUUUUUGGGACCCUCAUUCAAAGGUGGCUGGAAAUCCAGGUGAUCAAUCUGACCUGCACCCAGCGCUGGGUCCAGUACCUCCAGCUGCUGCAGGAAUCCAUCUGGCCCGGAGGAGUUUUACCGGUGGUGCCUAAACCACCAAGGAGCCAGGAGCAGAAGAAAGAAGCAGCAGAGCAGGCCCUGCAGAGCUUGAUGGGACUCCUGCCUGAUGUGAUCCAAGAAAUCCUGGGAACGAGUAAAUGUCGCCUAAGCUGGAAUCUGGUCCUGGAGUCACUUGGCCAGCCCAUCAUUAACAGGCACCUGGUUUUCUGCCUCUUGGACAUUCUGCUGGAGUUCUUGGUUCUGAAGGACUCCAAUGACGAGCCCGAGACAGCAGCUGCUGCCCCGUCUGCCUCUAGCAGCCCGGAAAAAGCAGGAAUGUCACCACAUUAACCAGGCUGCCAUGGUCAGCAGCCAAGGAGAGAAGAAGCCACAGGCCUAGGAUGGUUGGUCCCUCUUUUCAGCCUUUGCUGAACCUGCCUGGGAGUGUCUAGUGAAGAAUUUCUCCCAUGCUAAAUGAGGCUUCUUCCAGGCUUCUCUUUUGCCACAGAUUAAAGCCUGUGUCAGUGGCUGGAGGUGUUUUUCUGCCGUAUGUCUGUCCCAUUGUGGAUGUGAUGGAGAGCCUGGAUGGAAGAUACCAGCCUCGUCUGGGAAGGACCUGUGGGCUGGCCACAAACCUCCUUUGGAGCAGCUUUGUGUCCCGUGUGCCUAUUCUACCAGAAAGAAAGUGAGGAGGAAAAGGAGCAUGACGCUGAGCCUGAAGUCAGUCAGGAACCCAUCCCUCUACCCAACUCCUUGGAAAAGCCAGAGAGAUGCAGGAGACAAAGCUGCUGUCCUGCCUUGGGGAUGCAGGGGAGCUGCCUCCCACACCAGUAUGUUUUUCUGGCACGUUUUACUGCCUAAACAGAGGGAGGCAAAUCGGGUAAACUGUGAUCUGGAAAACAGAACUCUCUGACAUCCAAGGACAUCCAAGAUUUCAGUGGUUUUCCAAGCUUACCUUGCCCAGGUGUCAAAUAUGUUGCAGAGCAGAUGGACAAGGAGGGACACGCCAAGAGCUCUGCUUUUAUUCCUUCCAGGAUACGAAUCACCAAACUGGCCAGCACUGGACUUUGUUCCCUGCUUCCUGGCACUUGCCAUGGGUGAAGGCACCUCAGAAGACCCUGCAAGAGAGAAGUGCACAGGACCACAGCUGCUUUUGAGGCUCCAGGACCAAGUGAGACCCUUCUGACAGUAGUCUUGCCUCCAGCUUGGUAGAGGGGAGAGCUUGUAGGUUGAGUAGCAAAGAGCACGUUAGGCCAAGCACUGGAGAAUGUUUUGUAUGGGCUAAUCCCAGAUGGCCAAGGAGUGUGUCCAUAGGCCCAACAUUGAUGUGGAGUGUGGCUUCGCCCUCUUUUUUGCUCCUAUUUUCUUGUGGCUUAUCCUUAAUACAUCACAAGGUCAGAGGUGUAAGCCAGGCCUUAGGGACACUGGAUAUAGCAUGAACUUCCUCUUCUCCUUCUCCAGGAAGGCUCUGAUACCCCCCACCUUUAACCUUGACGUCUGCUG